AAGACAAACAUAAUAUAAAAGACAAUAAGAAAGAAAAAACACAAAUAUAGAGGAAUCUAAAUUAAAAACUUUUUUCUUAUAUUAUUUUUAUGUUCAUCAUCUAGUUUUGUUCUCUCAAUCCAUUUUUCCAAUUUCCAAUUUCCAUUAUCUUAAAAUCUAAAACCUUCAAUCAUUCUCAAACCACCACCGUUAAUUAUCCAAUUUUGGUGGAAACAGAAAAACCAAAAACACAAAAAAAAAACACACACACACACACAGACACAAAAAUCCGAAGAUGCAGCACAACAUCCUGGCUUCGAUCCGUAGCACGAAAAUCACGGAUGGUUGUAAAGGCACUCAAGUCUACGCUCUUAACUCCUCCGUCGGCGCCGAUCCUCCGAUCAACGCCGGCGGUGGAGAAUCCAUCGGAGACAAAUUCUUUCAUCAUUUACUAGACCGGUCUAAACAAUCCGGUCGAAUCAAACCGGUUGGUACAAAAACGGCGACACGCGACGUCGUUUUGGAGAGUCUCCUCCCUUAUGGCCUUCCUUUGUCGGAGCUUCUAGAACCUUCGAUCGAGCCUUAUUUGAAGCCUAUUGAUUUGGUUGAAACCCUUGCCGGCGUGCAUCGCCGGAUCGUGAGUUCUGGUGAGGAUGGGAAAUUUGAGGCGUUUUUGGAGCAGUGCUCGGUGUUUAGGGGAUUUCCUGAUGCUAAAUUGUUCCGGCGGAGUCUCCGGUUGGCGCGGCAGCAUGCGGUGGAUGUGCACUCCAAGGUUGUGAUGGCUUCGUGGUUGAGGUAUGAGAGGAGAGAGGAUGAAUUUGAUGGAUCUUCAGCAAUGGAUUGUUGUGGAAGAAACCUUGAAUGCCCCAAGGCUAGUUUGAUCACAGGGUAUGAUCCUGAAUCUGGUUUUGGUCAUUGUUCGUGUUUUCGAAAAGAUAAUGUUAUUGUUGACAAUGAUGAUGUUGAUGGUGGUGGGAAAAUUGAAUGCUCAACUUCUUAUGGAAAUGAGGAUGAUCGUAGUGGUAGCGGUGAUGGUGGUUACCAUGAUAUAUCUUUUUGUAUAGGUGAUAGUGAUAUUAGGUGUAAUAGAUACUCAAUGGCCUCGCUUUCGAGGCCGUUUAUGGCAAUGUUAUAUGGUGGAUUUGUUGAGUCUAGGAGGGAGAAGAUUAAUUUCUCCCUGAAUGGUGUAUCUGUUGAUGUGAUGAUGGCUGUUGAGGUUUUUAGUAGAACCAAGAGGUUGAGUCUAUUUGCAAAUAAUGUUGUUGUAGAGAUGCUUUCUUUUGCGAAUAGGUUUUGUUGUGAGGAGAUGAAAUCUGCUUGUGAUGCUCAUUUGGCUUCUUUGGUAUUCGACAUGGAUGAUGCAUUGUUGUUGAUUGAGUAUGGACUGGAGGAGACUGCGCAUCUGGUCGUGGCAGCUUGCUUGCAGGUGUUUCUGAGAGAGCUUCCUAGUUCGAUGCACAGUUUGAGUGUUUCGAAAUUGUUUUGUAGUGUAGAGGGUAGAGAUAGAUUGGCCUUGGUAGGGCAUGUUUCGUUUUCGCUGUAUUGUUUUUUGAGUCAGGUUGCAAUGGAGGAAGAUAUGAAAUCUAACACGACUGUGAUGCUCUUAGAGAGGUUAGGAGAGUGUGCGGCGAGUGGUUGGCAGAAGCAAUUUGCUUAUCACCAAUUAGGUGUUGUGAUGCUUGAAAGAAAAGAAUACAAAGAUGCACAACAGUGGUUUGAGGCUGCUGUUAAGGAAGGACAUAUUUAUUCUUCAGUGGGUGUUGCAAGGGCCAAGUAUAAACGCGGUCACACAUAUUCAGCAUACAAGAUGAUAAACUCCCUUAUUUCUGAUCAUAAACCUGUUGGUUGGAUGUAUCAGGAAAGGGCUUUAUAUUGCAUUGGGAAGGAAAAAACGAUAGACUUGGUCUCUGCAACUGAAUUAGAUCCAACUCUUUCAUAUCCAUACAAACACCGAGCUGUGUUUUUGGUGGAGGAGAGUAAGAUUGAAGCUGCCAUUUCAGAAAUCAAUAAAAUAAUUGGUUUCAAGAUUUCUACUGACUGCCUUGAACUGAGAGCUUGGUUCUUGAUUGCCAUGAAGGAUUAUGAAGGAGCCCUUAGGGAUGUCAGGGCAAUUUUGACAUUGGAUCCAAAUUAUAAGAUGUUCUAUGGGAAAAUGCAAGGCGAUCGCUUGGUAGAACUCCUCCGCCCUGUUGCUCAGCAGUGGAACCAGGCUGAUUGCUGGAUGCAAUUGUAUGACAAUUGGUCUUCCGUUGAUGAUAUUGGUUCUUUGGCUGUUGUACACCAGAUGUUGGAGAACAACCCGGGGAAAAGCAUUUUACGCUUUCGGCAAUCUCUACUCCUUUUAAGGUUAAAUUGUCAAAAGGUAGCCAUGCGUAGUUUGCGUCUGGCUAGAAAUCAUUCUUCUUCAACACAUGAAAGACUUAUCUAUGAAGGAUGGAUAUUGUAUGACACUGGCCAUCGUGAAGAAGCUAUAGCAAAGGCCGACGAGUCAAUUUCUAUUCAAAGGUCAUUUGAAGCUUUCUUUCUAAAAGCUUAUGCUUUAGCUGACUCAUGUCUUGAUUCCGAGUCUUCAAAGAAUGUGAUUGAUCUCUUGGAGGAAGCUCUUAGAUGCCCUUCAGAUGGUCUUCGGAAGGGACAAGCACUAAAUAAUUUAGGGAGUAUUUAUGUUGAUUGUGAAAAGCUAGACCUUGCUGCUGACUGCUACAAGCAUGCACUUAACAUCAAGCAUACACGAGCACAUCAGGGGUUAGCACGUGUAUACCAUCUUCAGAAUCAGCCCAAAGCAGCAUAUGAUGAGAUGACAAAGUUAAUAGAAAAGGCCAAGAAUAACGCAUCAGCAUAUGAGAAGCGGUCAGAAUAUUGUGAUCGUGACAUGGCAAAGGGAGAUCUUAGUUUGGCAACACAGUUGGAUCCUCUAAGAACAUAUCCCUAUAGAUAUAGGGCGGCAGUUUUAAUGGACGAUCGCAAGGAAGCUGACGCAAUUGCAGAGCUUUCAAGGGCCAUCAACUUCAAGCCAGAACUGCAACUGUUACAUCUUCGAGCAGCAUUUUAUGAUUCAAUGGGUGAUUUUGUUUCUACUGUCCGAGACUGUGAAGCGGCCCUUUGUCUUGAUCCUAGCCAUGCUGAGAUGUUAGAGCUUUGUAAUAAAGCCCGGGAGCAAGUUACUGAUGUAAAAUGAGAGAGAAUCAGAAGUCAACAAUCAUGUUCUCUGUGUUCCUUAUAUUGGGACAGGCCUAACCAUCGGUGCUAUUUAUCUAUUGGAUGUUGUAUGCAUCUUUCAGGCUGAUCUUCGAAGAAGGGAAAAGAUGGGUUAGGAAAAUAAUCUUGAUUGAAACUGAAGGGAAAGUAGAGGAGUAGAAUAGCUUGUAAAUAUAUGUAAUGAAUUAUGGUCUUGUCAUCUCUGCUAUUCUCCAAUCUGCCUUGGCUGCGAGAAUAGCCAUAAGUUACCACAGUUUUAGACUAAACUUGUACAUGAUAGUCAAUUUGUUAUGCAACAGUUUUAGAUAUUUGCAACUAUAUUAUUGGCUAGGCAAUUCUACAAUGUAAGUUGUUAUAGUAUUUUCACUCUUUUCGAUUUGUUGUAUAAACACAGUUUUCCCUUUCAAUCGCCAUUGUACUUUUGAUCA